AUGCUGCCCAACGUGCUGACCAAAGUGGUGACCAACGUGAUGACCAAUGUGCUGACCAAAGUGGUGACCAAUGUGCUGACCAAAGUGGUGACCAACGUGUUGACCAAUGUGGUGACCAAUGUGCUGACCAAGGUGCUGACCAAUGUGCUUACCAAAGUGCUGACCAAAGUGCUGACCAAUGCCAUGACCAACGUGGUGACCAAUGUGGUGACCAAUGUGCUGCCCAAAGUGCUGACCAAGGUGGUGACCAAUGCCAUGACCAACGUGCUGACCAACGUGGUGACCAACGUGGUGACCAAGUUGAUAAUUACGGCAGCGAUGACUUGGUUACGGCAGCGAUGA